AUGUCGCUAUACUUUGAUGCGGUUGCUAUCUUGAAUGCACCCUCCUCAGGGGGCUCGUUCAAGUCCCGAAUUUACAGCGCUCGCAACCUCCGCGCAUCACCUGCGCAGAUCUAUGCGCUGGUCACCGAGGCUGCGAAAUGGGACACCGUGCUGACGGAGGUUAUUGAUAAAUCUGGCAUCCUCGCCCUAGAGCGCAAGCUUUCUCCGCUCCUCGCUCUUCUCCUCGUCCAUGACCAUCUACUUGCGAAAAAGGGCAUUGCAGCGCCUGCGACUCACACACUUCGCCAAACUGUGGAGCGUCACAAAGUUCGGCUCCACGCCGAGUUCACCAAGGCGCGCGUGCGUCGUGGGUGCGCCACCGUCGAGCAAUUCAAGGCCACGAUCCUUCGCGAGAAACGACUGGCAGAUGGAACCAGCCAUUUCAUUUACCCCCGCUGGGUGCGCAUUAACAACAUCCGCACGACGCUGGAAGAGCAGCUCAACACAACUUUCAAGUCAUAUCGUCGGGUAGAGAGUUUGGCAGAACUGGCCCCAGACGAUGAGCUUGAAACCCGCAAGCCCGAGCCUCGAUUGUUCAUCGAUCCUCAUAUUCCGGAUUUGGUGGCUGUUCCAUUCGGCGCAGACUUCACUUCGUCAUCUGCCUACAAAAAUGGAGAAAUUAUUCUCCAGGACAAAGCGUCCUGUUUCCCAGCCUAUCUCCUGUUGGGCGACCGCGGGCCCAAGGACGCAUGGGAGGGCGAUCUGGUCGAUGGCUGUGCCGCUCCAGGAAACAAGACGACACACUUGGCUUCGCUUAUAGCCAAACAAUACAAGGAAACGACGAAAAGCGGGCCGAAGAUCUUCUCCAUGGAUGCAUCUACCAUGCGUUCCAAAACACUUCAGAAGAUGGUAGGGUUAGCUGGGGCUGAUUCAGUCACCGUGCUGCAAGGCCAGGACUUCCUCGCUCUCGACCCAGAAGAUGAACGUUUUGAGAACGUGACCGGGUUACUGUUGGAUCCUAGUUGCUCUGGUAGCGGUAUUAUCGGUCGUGAUGAUGUCCCUCACUUCACAUUACCGACUGCGGGAGCACCCAAGGCACCCAAGUCCCAUGGAAAGAAACGAAAGCGCAAUGAAACCGCCGACGAACCCGAGGGUGAGCAGUCUAAGGCUACCAUGGGAACUCCGCAGGCCGCGCCCACAGAUGAGAAUGACAUCCCAGAUGGGACCAUCGACCCAGAGCGACUGAGCAAACUCGCAAGUAUCCAAGCACGGAUCGUUGAGCACGCCCUCAGUUUCCCCAAUGCUACCCAUGUGACCUACAGUACUUGUUCUAUCCACCUGAUCGAGAAUGAGGGUGUUGUGGCUCGCAUCUUGAGCACUCGAGUUGCCCAAGAGCGCGGCUGGCGCCUUCUUCGGCGCGACGAACAGCCCGAUGGCUUACGUCGAUGGAAGAAACGAGGUGUGCGGGAGGAGCAGCCAGCGGAGGGGGAGACAGGGCCAUCAGGCACCGUCGAUCUUUCCGACGAAGCAUUAGAGGCGUGCAUUCGAUCCUGGCAAGGUGACGCAGAAGGCCUGGGAGGGUUUUUCGUCGCCGGAUUCAUCCGUGAUCCCGAUCAUGCUACUCCGGCCGUUUCAGUGAAGAAGGACCAUAAGAGCCAUCAACAGCCGGAGGAGCAUGACACGAGUGAAGACGACCAAGAGGUUUCAGACUGGGAUGGAUUCUCCGACUAG